UUGUUGAUUUUCAGGACAUUCUGGUGUGUGUCCUCAUUCUUUCCUCCAUGGCGGUAAGUAAAUAAGUUCGGCACACAAACUUUCAACCUUGUAGUAAUGGCAGACAGCUACAAAUGUUACUUGGAAGAAGACGCCUAUAAUCUUUACUUCAAGGCAUUAGAAAUGUAGUGCUCUGUCAGUGGAGGCGAUAUUGGGAUCUUCACUAUUUUGAUAGUCGCUAUAUCCUCUGGUACUCGCUAUUGCUCCAGGAUUGUUCAGAAAGAAAAACAACCAAGGAGUACCCAGAGUACCUCAAAGAGGAAGACGGAGACCCCAUGCUCAACUAAAUUAAGAACAGCAACAGAAAACAGAGAAACAAUGGCCAGGCAGGAUUUCAUCAUUCUGGGACCUCUUCUAUCUUACAGGGAACCCAUGCAGACACAGCCCAGCCUCCAAGAAACAGGCACCGGUGCAGCAAACGGUUUACUCCGCACGAAGAAAGGGGCAACAGACACUUACGUGUUGGAGUCAUCACGUUCCAGCCCCUCGGAUCCACAACUCCAGGAAAUGCAGCUCUCCACGGAGUCCAGUGGUCAGCUCAAGAGAGUAAAAUCGGAACCGCCUGAUGCUGCGUGUCUAUUAGAAGAGGACCGGGUCCAGCACUGCAGCGUGUCUCUAUCAGGAAGUGGGGCGACUCCUGGGAUGUGUCACAUUAAAGAAGAACCUCGUGAUGAUGAUGAACAACCGAUCACAGUGGUGAAAACGGAGCCUUACAAUGUUGCACUCUUGGCAGGGCAGGAGCAAACGGAGCACAAAGUCCAGCAACAGCACUGCGGAGAGUCCGCAUCCCAAGGUGAUAAUUAUGGAGCAAGUGAAAGCACUGAAGCACCUCAUCCCAAGGACCAGCCCAGAGGCACUUCUCAUCAAGCAUCCUCAGGUUGCACUUCUUCGAGCUCACCACUCAAGAUCACUGUAGCAAUGGAUGAAACGCGAUUUGACAACAGUUCAGUAGCCCCUACGAACGAUCCACCCACAGAGCAACCUUCAGACCAGACCAAGGAUUGGGAGGCAGGCAAAUCGACGGCGUUCGCCCAUGAGAAAGACAGGUUGUACAAGUGCACUGUUUGUUUGUCUACAUGCAUUGACAUUCACGACUUGGAAGUUCACCUCAAAGCUCACAAAAUGAAGCCAUUUACCUGCAACACAUGUUCCAUGACAUUCUGUGAUGCGUCUGCUCUUCGAGUGCACGCAAAAAGUCACACAGGAGAAGUGUCACACAAGUACGCAGCAUGUGCACUUGCAUGUGCAUCGAGUACGUCGAAGAGCAGUCAUGGCCCUGCAGAGUUCAGCCAACGCACAAGUCCGUCACUUCGCAACAGAACAUACACUGGCGAGAAGCAAUACAAGUGCAAUCUCUGUCCUGCGGAGUACAACCAGAGCACAAGUCUGUUGCGCCACAUGCGAUUGCACACGGGCGAGAAGCCAUAUAAGUGUGAUCUCUGCUGUGCAGAGUUCAGUGAGAGCACGAAGCUGCGGCAUCAUAAGCGAGCACACACGGGUGAGAGGCCCUAUAAGUGUGAUCUCUGUCCUGCAGAGUUCAGCUAUAGCACGAGCCUGUUGUAUCACAAGCGGAAACACACGGGCGAAAAGCCCUACAAGUGUGACCUCUGUCCUGCAGAGUUCAGCAAUAGCACGAGCAUGGCGUAUCACAAGCGAAAACACAGUGGCGAGAGGCCCUAUAAGUGCGACCUCUGUCCUGCAGAGUUCAGCCAGAGCACAAGCCUGUUGCGUCACAAGCGGACACACACGGGCGAGAAGCCAUACAAGUGUGAUGUCUGCCCUGCAGAGUUCACCCAGAGCACAAGCUUGUCACGCCACAAGCGAACACACACAGGCGAGAAACCAUUCAAGUGCGAUCUGUGUCCUGCGGAGUACAGCCAGAGCAUCAGUCUGCACAAUCACAAGUGGACACACCUGCGUAAGAAGCCACAGACAUGCGUCAUCUGCCCUACAGGGUCCACAGCCACAACUUGCGGCAUCACAAGUGGGCAGACAUGAUCAAGGAGUCGUGCAAGUAUGACCUCUGUCCUGCUGAGUUCCGCAAGAGCACCAGUCUACAGAAUCACAAGUGGACACACCUGCGUGAAAAGCCACAGACGUGCGUCCUCUGCGCUACGGGCCCACAGCCACAACUUGAGGUGUCACAAGUGGACAGACAUGAUCAAGGAGUCGUACAAGUAUGAUCUCUGUCCUACUGAGUUCAGCAAGAGCACCAGUCUACACAAUCACAAGUGGACACACCUGCGUGAAAAGUCACAGACGUGCGUCCUCUGCGCUACGGGCCCACAGCCACAACUUGAGGUGUCACAAGUGGACAGACAUGAUCAAGGAGUCGUACAAGUAUGAUCUCUGUCCUACUGAGUUCAGCAAGAGCACCUGUCUACACAAUCACAAGUGAACACACCUGCGUCAGAAGUCACAGACGUGCGUCAUCUGCCCUACAGGGUCCACAGCCACAACUUGCGGUGUCACAAGUGGACAGACAUGCGUGAGAAGCCACAAACAUGUGGCCCCUGUCCUGCAGGACCCGCAGCAACAACUUGCGGUGUCACAAAGGGACACACAAGUGAGGAGCCAUAUCGGUGCGAUCUGUCCUGCGGAGUUCAACCAGAGCACCAUUCUGCACAAUCACAAGUAGACACACAUGCAUGGGAAGCCACAAACAUACGAACCUUGUCCUGCAGAACCCACAGCAACAAUUUGCGGUGUCACAAGCGGACACACGAGUGAGGAGCCUUACCAGUGCGAUCUCUGUUCUGCGGAGUUCGACCAGAGCACCAUUCUGUACAAUCACAAGUAGACACACAUGCAAGGGAAGCCACAAACAUGCGACCCUUGUCCUGCAGGACAACAGCAACAACUUGCGGUGUCACAAGCAUACACACCAGUGAGGAGCCAUACCAGUGCGAUCUCUGUCCUGUGGAGUUCAACGAGGGCACCAUUCUGCACAAUCAGAAAUCGAAAUUCUUGGUUUUGUACAGCUUAGAUAUAUCUAGGGCCUGAUUUUUUGUGAUAUUAUUUUUCAGCAAAAUCGGGGUUAAAUAUCGGGUUAAAUUUUUGCUCGAAAAUUCGUGUACAAUCAGGUUAAAACGUUUGCUGCCAUAGCGAAGUUUGGGUGUAAACGUGCAAAACUUUUAUGCAACGUUUAUAAACGUUUUUGCAAUAUGCAUAAUUCCUUUCAUAAUACUUACAAGAGAAGUUAUUUGAGGAUGUAAUAAAUAUGGCAAAGUUUGA